AUGACGGAGAACAAUUGUUCAUUACGAGCUAUGAAUUGUGAAAUGAAUUUAUUGUCGAUGCCUGAUGGCUCUGCAAUGUUUAUGCAAGGUAACACAUGUGUAGUAGCUGGAGUUUAUGGUCCAAUUGAGGCAAAGUUACAAAAAAUGAUACACGAUAAAGCAAGUAUUGAAGUUGUUUUUACUCCAAUUAAAGGACCGCCUAGUAUCGAUGGUAGAGCUAAGGAAUUGUAUAUAAAAGAUUCAUGUGAAUCUACAUUAAUUACGUCUCUCCAUCCGAGCACACUAAUUUCUAUAAAUAUCCAAGAAAUGCAGGAUGAUGGCGGGCUCCUUGCUUGUGCUAUCAAUGCAUCGUGUAUCGCAUUAAUCAAUUCGAAUUUAUCGAUGAAAUUUACCAUAGCUGCUGUUCACUGUAUGAUUGAUAAAGAUUCCAAAGCAAUAGUCAUCGAUCCAGAUGAAGUGCAGCUUCAAAAUGCAAAAGCCACAUUUAUGUUUGCUUUUGACAGUGUCAGAAAAGACAUUAUUUGUUGCAACGCAAAUGGCCGAUUUAAUGAACAAGAAUUACUGAAAGCUACGGAUAAGUGUCGAGAUGCGAGUAAACAUAUUUUUGAUUUCUAUCGUGACAUUGUUAAAAAAUACGCUUAUGUAAUAUAA